GCAGGCCCGAGUACUCCUGCGUGGAUUUGCUCCGGACGAUCUCCCAGAACGUCGGCCUGCAAAGAUAGAUCCAAGUUUCCACUCUCAGUGGUGCUCCAAACAGAGCAACAGCAGUGGCAUUUCCUGAGAAGGAGAGAGAUGGAGAUAGUGAAAUCGUCAGAGCUAAGUUUGUGAGUUUACUUACCGAGAAUGCCCAGUAGCAUCUUCAUGUUGAGUCCCAUGAUGGACGUUCGUUUUAUCUCGUUUUCCUUUGUUCGUUGCUUUGGAUCGAUGGAUAUCGAUCGAUUAGAACUUGAGCGAAGUUAUCAUCGCUUAUAUAUUCCUUUGAUUGCUUCUCUUUACGUGAGGCACUGGGUGUGCAACGCUCAUAAAAAAGGUUUAACGCUUCCGUGAUUCCAUCAACUAGAACUUGUAAAUCUGUCCAUCGCAUUCCAGGACAAAACCAUUAUCAAUUUAAUGGAGGUGAAGAACCCUAACUUUCAAAUCUACUUUGCCGCCAAGGAACAGUUAAAGUUUCGGUUUUAAACUGGAUGGAAAUGGCGGUAAAAUGGAUUCUCCUCUUUCUUUUGCAAGCGCUGUUAUGGAAUCCAUCCAUCAACAUGACGACCAUCUCCAAGAGCGAUCUUGAUGUGUGCGUCAACACGGGCGAUCCCAAUGCCAUCCAGUGCAAGAAGAAGAUCUUGGUCACGGUCGCGAUUCCAUCGGGCGAUGGGGGUAAUGGCGAGGCGCUCAUCGCCGAGGUCAAGGAUCCGACGAGCCGCGACGGCAAGCAAGUGCUGGAGAAAUCCAUUUCCGUGAACAUCGCCAAGACGGACAGCAUUGUCAAGUACGCGCUCGAGUACCUGAAGAAUGUUGCAGGUGAUCUAAAUGAGCGCGUCAUCAAGAAGAAAAAAGGCUGCAACACCAAGCUCAACGAUAAAGCAACCUGUGGAGUACUGGGCGAUUCAAAGGGAAACGUUGUACCAGGAAGCUCAGGCUUUUGCUGUACAUGCAAGCCACUCAAACAAAUCAAACACUUUCGAGGAAUGCCCAAGCCUGGUCAUUGCGGUAUAAGUGACGCUGGCUAUGCAUUUUGCCUUCGCUUCGGCCAAAUGUGGUGUGUCAUGUUUCGCAUCCGAACUGGUACCAUUAGUUUCGAAAUAACAAUCACACUCACAGAUCAAAACGGGAACAAGGCUCACACUUCUCGUUCCAGGAAUUUGUCCGUCUGA